UUGGCUGCGCCCGCAUAAGAGCGCCCGGCCGGUUCCUUGCUGGCUGUUUUCUCCCCACCUGGUGGUCUCCUUGGUCGAGGAGGAAGGAGGAAGGAAGGAGCCCGCGGAGACCCAGCCCGGAGCGCUUAGGUGCCAUUUACCUGCGUGGGAAAGGCGGCCAGGGAAACCCACGGCAGGGCUCUUGAGCCGCUAGGUUGAAGACGAGCGAGCCCUGCAAGGUGCUAGUCCUUAAGGGGCGACAACCAGACUGCUGAACCAUCAACUGAUGAAUAGUCAGGUCUCCCAUCAGCGCUCGGAGCCAUGAAAACAUUAACCCAGGAAAUUCCUGGUGAACACAGCCGUGUGCGAGAGAGAAACACACACACUUUGGUCCUUCGGUGAGAGGCGACAUCUUUCCAUCUGCUGAGGAGGAGGAGGAGGAGGAACUGCUAUGGACCAGCUGCUGAGUCUCCUCUACCUGAACUUCUCGGAGCAACUGAACCUGCUGGAGGAGCACGGCAUGUCCUGUGGCGAGUCGGUGGGGAACAGCACCUUCCUGAUCGUGGCUUACAGCGCCCUCAUCGCGGUGGGGCUGACGGGCAACCUCUGCCUGGUGUGCGUCAUCAUCCAGCAGAAGGAGAUGAGGAACGUGACCAACAUAUUCAUCGCCAACCUCUCCUUCUCCGACAUCCUUGUGUCUCUUGUUUGCAUGCCCGUCACCGUCAUUUACACCCUGAUGGACCACUGGAUCUUGGGAGAAGUCAUCUGCAAGGUCAGCCCCUUUGUGCAGUGUGUUUCUGUCACGGUGUCCAUCCUGUCCUUGGUCUGGAUCGCUCUGGAGAGACACCAGCUCAUCAUCAACCCAACCGGGUGGAAACCGGCGGCCAACCACGCUUAUAUGGCCGUCGGAGUCACCUGGCUGGUGGCCUGUGGGAUCUCCCUGCCCUUCCUGUCCUUCACCAUCUUGACCAACGAGCCCUUUCAAAACCUGAGCCUUCCCUUCGACUCCUUGGCCAACCACCUGGUCUGCAUUGAGCGCUGGCCCUCCGAUCAGCACCGCUUGUCUUACACCACGUUCCUCCUGCUCUUCCAGUACUGCGUCCCGUUGCUGCUCAUCCUCGCCUGCUACUUCCGCAUCUUCCUACGCCUCCAACGCCGGAAGGACAUGGUGGAGCGGGCCAAAGAUGGCUCCCAGGCCACCAGCCACCGGAAGGUCAACGUCAUGUUGGCUUGCAUCGUGGUAGCCUUUGCCGCGUGUUGGUUCCCCCUCAUGUUCUUCAACGCCCUUUAUGAUUGGGAUCACCAGAAGAUCUCGGUCUGCUACUACAACUUAAUUUUCUCCCUCUGCCACCUCACGGCCAUGGCUUCCACCUGCAUCAACCCCAUCAUCUAUGGGUUCCUCAACAGCAACUUCCAGAAAGAGGUCAAGGCCUUGCUGUACCGUUGCAGCUGUAGUGGUGAGAAGGAGAAGUACGAGACUUUCCCUCUCUCCACAGUCAGCACCGAGGUUUCCAAGGCCUCCCUUCAUAGCGAGGGGGGUAUCAGUAUCCCUGCAUGAUGGCUGGAUCCAAGGCCGGACUUCCCAUGAGCAACUACUCCUUUCCUCAACACUGGGCAAAGUGUGGAUUAGCUCCGCUCUUUUGCAUUUGCAUCUUUCUAAGGUCUUCUUGUCUUCUACUAUCUUAUAACCCAACGUAUUUCAGGGAUCAUUUUUCAAUUGCUGGGGACAGAGAGAGAAAGAGAGAAGCG